GCCCGCCGGGAGCGCAGGCGGCGGCGGGCAGAGGCCUCCUCACCCCGGCCUCCCUAGCCAGGCCAGCCCCCGGCCCUUUCCCCGCCCCGCGCGGGCUGCGAGCGGCGGCGGGUUCCGGGUCCUGUGACCGGUCAGGCGCUGCGGCAGCGCGGCGGGGAGGGCGGCCGGCCUCGGGGAAGUUUCGACGGCCGGCGGGGGCUCCCAGGGCGCCGCGGGGAGGGCGCGUCCGGGCGGGGGCCCCGGCGCGGAGCCCGAGCUUACCGAGAGCGGCCGGCCGGCUGAGCGAGGCCGGGGCGCUCAUGGCGGGCGGCGGAGCCGCGGACCCGGGCCGGGGGGCGGCCGCCGCCACGGUGCCCGAGACCCGUGAGCACCUCUUCAAGGUGCUGGUCAUCGGCGAACUUGGCGUGGGCAAGACCAGCAUCAUCAAGCGCUACGUCCACCAGCUCUUCUCCCAGCACUACCGGGCCACCAUCGGGGUGGACUUCGCUCUCAAGGUCCUCAACUGGGACAGCAGGACACUGGUGCGCCUGCAGCUGUGGGACAUCGCGGGACAGGAACGGUUUGGCAACAUGACCCGAGUAUAUUACAAAGAAGCUGUUGGUGCUUUCGUUGUCUUUGAUAUAUCGAGAGGUUCCACGUUUGAAGCCGUUUUAAAAUGGAAAAAUGAUCUGGAUAGUAAAGUCCAUCUUCCAAACGGCAACCCUAUUCCUGCUGUCCUCUUAGCUAACAAAUGUGACCAGAAAAAAGACAGUGGCCAGAAUACUCCCCAGAUGGACCAGUUUUGCAAAGAACAUGGCUUCACUGGAUGGUUUGAAACCUCUGCAAAGGAUAACAUAAACAUAGAUGAAGCAUCCCGGUUCCUAGUGGAGAACAUUCUUGCCAACCACCAAAGCUUCCCUAAUGAAGAAAACGACGGCAGAAUUAAACUGGAUGAGGAGACCGUGAAAAAAGAGAACAAAUCCCAGUGUUGCUGACUCAGCGUCUGCUUCUCUCCUGCGGAUGCAGUCUGAUUCGGUUGGAAGCAAAUUCCUGAGACUGGAUCAUGGAUGGUGGAUAUGCUGCUCCAUGAAUCUUCAGGGCUGUGCCUUAAAAUAACAAGGAUGGCACCCCUGGGAGCCUGUGACGAAAGGGGACGCUGGUGAAGGAGUCCUGCCGGUGGCUCUGCCCCUUCACCUGUGAACACUUAGGCUUCUGUUGUUGUUGCCAUCAUAUUCAGGAUAAUGCUUAUGUCCUUUUUAACAUCUUUUAAAAUGACAGUUCUUCAGGAUUUGUUAAGACUUGGAAGUUGUGGCUUUCAGUGUGAACACUGGGCUGGUAAUAAACUUUCCCUGCAGUCUCACUGUAGUUUCAUGAGUCUGUAUUUUUGUCUCCCGUAUCCUAUCCUCAAGUUCGAGGGAGGCUUUUAGACCCUUUUAGCCACAGAAAGCUGGAAGUUUCUGUUUAGCAAUUUAUUUUUCUAGUCAAAACUUUGAUACUUCAUGUAAAAUUGUUAUCCUUAAAUAUUGUAAUUUAACUAGUCCUGGCUAGUGUGACAUGUGGUUAUUCCCCUUAAAUACAUUAAAAUCCCCUUCCUAAUGACUCAGGAAGCACUCACACCACACUGGUACUCUGAUCUGGUUGGACCAGUUGGAAACAAUAUAAAUGAACAUCUCUUCUUUUCUCUCCCUAGUCCAUUCUCUCCUUUCUUCUUCCUGUGUGUUUGUUUAUAACUAAGAGCCUGAUAGAUAUUACUGCUGCAGUUGUAACUAGUCUUUUCAAAUCUGUAAUAAUAAUCGUUAAGGAGUGAAUUUAUUUCAAAACAUAUACAAUUAAAUCGAGAUUUCUAUAGUAGGCAUUGUGAAAGAAAUUAGGUCGUGUGUGGUUUUAUACAAAGUUUUGAACAUUUAAAGUAUAGUACAUGAGAAACAAAGCAGGCUCACAA